AUGCAAUUACACUCAGUGCAUUCCAGAGGCGUUCCUGUGAAUGCUCUGCAGGUCUGCCUGCUGUCCUUGGGAGAGAGAGGAAGAAAAAAGGAGGACAAGUCCCUCUUGCUGGGAGACGGAAUGUCUGCAUUUUCAAUCCUCUUCUUAGCUUCCUGUUCCGUUUGGCUCAGCGAGGCUCAGACCGAGUUCAAGAGGGUGGCAGAAGAAAACGUGACCCUGCCCUGCCACCACCGCCUGGGGCUGCUGGAGCAGGGCAGCCUGGACAUCGAGUGGCUGCUGCACAUCUCCGAGACCGUGCAGAAAGCGGUGAUCACCUACUCUGGGGGCCGUGUUUAUGAUGACCUGAACGAGGAGCAGAAGGGCCGCGUCUCCUUCACCUCCAACUUCCUGGCGGGAGAUGCAUCCCUGCAAAUCAUCUCCCUGCAGUCCAGCGACGCGGGGAAAUACAUCUGCAAGGUCAAGAACGCCGGCCAGUACGAGUGGGCUCGCAUCACCCUCAAGGUCGUGGAGAAACCCUCCAAGCCCAAGUGCUGGCUGGAGGGGGAGCUGCUGGAGGGGAAGGAGCUGUCCCUGCAGUGCCGCUCCGCCUCGGGCACGGCCCCCAUCUCCUACCGCUGGCAGCGCCUCAGCGAGGAGGGCGAGAGGGCGGAGCAGCUGCCGCCCGGCUCCAGAGUCAACAUCUCGAACCCCGGGCAGGUUCUGCUGAAGAACCUGACGCAGAUGAGCACGGGGCUGUACCAGUGCGUGGCCACCAACGAGGCGGGGCAGGAGAGCUGCGUGCUGCAGGUGACGGUGCAGCAUGCACAAAACAUCAGCAUGAUCGCCGGGGCGGUGUGCGGAGUGGUGGUGGGGCUCUGCCUCCUCUUCCUGGUGGUGAGGCUGACCAUAAGGAGGAAAGAAAAGAAGAGAUACGAGGAGGAGGAGGCACCCAACGAGAUCAGGGAAGACGCCGAGGCACCCAAGGCUCAUCUCGUCAAACCCAGCUCCUCCUCCUCGGGCUCCCGCAGCUCCCGCUCGGGUUCCUCCUCCACCCGGUCCACAGCCAACAGUGCCUCCCGCAGCCAGCGGACUUUGUCCACCGAAGCCACUCCUCACCUCACCCCGCCCCAGUACAGCCAGCGGCAGCUGGACAGGAAAGAGGAACCCAAAAAAGCCGAUUACAACCACCUGGUGAAGGUGGCAGUGCCGGCCGCGAUGGUGCCCGCGCAGAGCCGCGCGUUCCAAACCGUGUGA